AUGACCGUCACCUGGCGAGCGCAGCAGACGCUGCCGGCCCACAGACGCGCCAUCUCGAGCCUCGCGUUCUCUCCCACUGAACCGCUCCUCGCUUCUUCCUCUGCUGACUCGAGCGUGAAGAUCUGGCAAUUGAAAUCCCAUUGCGACGAACAGAUGACGACUCUAGCCGUCAAGACCUCUCUGUACGGACAUGAAGCCGGAGUCUCGGACUGCUGCUGGUCUUCUGAUUCGCGUCACGUGGCGUCUGCCUCGGACGACUGGACGGCGCGGCUCUGGGACGUUGAGACGGCCAAGACGCUCGCUACAUUGGGCGCUGCCCACCGGAGCUUGGACGCGGCUCUGCGGACGCCAUUGUCGAUGCUAAAAGGGGCUUCAGGGACCUUGAAACUGGACGAGGACGGACUGCACGCCGCUGUGAUAUCGUCGGACGCACCAAUUGAGUCGCACACGGACUUUGUGAGCUGUGUGGCAUUGAACCCACAAGGGUCGCUCGUGGCGACAGGCUCGCAUGAUGAAAGUCUGCGGCUCUGGGAUGUCCGCAGUGGCAAAACGGUGGCAGUCAUUGGAGCCCAUCAAGAGCCCGUGGUAAGCGUGCAGUUCCAUCCGACAGACGGCUCGUUGCUCGUAUCUGGUGGCUAUGACGGCAUUGUCCGUGUGUGGGAUGUGGCGUCUCGGCAGUGUAUGCGCUCAAUCAUCACGGAGCCAGCAGCACCGGUGGGGAGUGUGCGGUUUACGCCGAAUGGACGGUACGUGCUAAGCUCGACACUGGAUGGCACGCUGCGUCUGUGGGACUACGUGCGCGAUGUUUGCGUGCGCUCAUACAGUGGCCACGUGAACCGCAAAUUCGGAAUGCAGUGCGUCUUCUUGCAGCAGCAGGAAAGCAAACAGCCGGUCGUUGUCUGUGGCUCGGAAGAUCAUCGCAUUGUCAUGUGGGACGUGGCAUCGCAGGAAGUGGUCUCCAUCUUGUCUGAACAGGAUUAUCCGGUGCUGGCGCUUGCUGCUCAUCCGACGCGUGCGCUCAUGGUCUCGAGCUCAAACCGCGAUAUCAAGAUGUGGAUUCCCGCCGACCAAGCAGAUGGGGAUAGAGACCGAUGA